CGUCGUGCAUCUCGGGCGAUGGCGAGCUGAAAGGAAGGAGUGCACGUCUUUUGUGUUGUGCAAGGUCUUCGAAGUUUUAGUUGCUUCGUGUUUUUGUGCUUAUCUCCGACCCCACGGAGAUACCGUGCUUGGCGCCGAGACAAUGGUCAACGACGUGGCUUUGUUUGUGUUUUCGCUAUUCGACACGGGAGCUCUGCUAUUCCUUACCGUUUACGUCGUGAUUACGCUUUCUGAUUUAGAAUGCGACUACCUCAACGCACAGCAAUGCUGUUCCAAGCUGAAUGGGUGGGUUUUACCAGAGGUGAUCGCCCAGGCUGUCCUGACCGUUCUGCUGUUUUUCGUCAACUUCCAUUGGAUUUUGUUUGCCCUCAAUGUCCCCAUGGUCGUGUGGCAGGUUUACAAGUACCUCUCGGUACCUGACUGCAACUUCGGCGUGUAUGACCCAACGGAGAUCCACAAUCGGGGCAACCUCAAGCGGCAUCUGCGAGACUCCAUGAUCCGCCUGGCCUUCUACCUCAUCUUCUUUUUCAUCUAUCUCUACUGUAUGAUCAUCGCCUUGCUGACGUCAAACCCCGACACAAGGCGGGAGACCUACUAGGAGGUGUGAACCAGAUUUCUCCUUUUCAGUGUCUCCCAAAUGCAAAUGGAGCGUCUGUCCCGCGAACCGCGUCAAAGACGCUCCCAUUUCAAGAGCCAGAGUCAACGAGAUCUCGCCACAAGCCUGUUUGUGGUUCGCGCGCCCGCACACAAAGGGUCGGCGGCCACUGCUAGGCUCGAUGGAGUCAACGGAACUGGUCGUUUCAACAGUUUGCAAUACUCUCUCAUUGUUCUUGUACCGAAUUGCAGUUCUUUUUUUCUCAUCAUUUCACUAGGUCUACGGCCCUCUUCAUUUCAAACCAUGCCUGCCCGUGCCAUUGGAAACACCUCCCAAGGCUUCAGUGUGGCAGCUUAAGCACCCUGGUUCUAGAGCUUGACACUUCAGUGAAAUGGCAUUCCUUCCUUUAAGACCUCUGAAGUGAGGACACUAUUUAGCUGUCAUGGCAAUUUGGGUGCGUUUGUAUGCCAUUACUGAGAUGUACUGUCGUAGCGCAAGUAGUACACUUGUAAGAAGAACGAUUAGUCAAGACAGUGCGCUAUGUCUCGGCUAUUCUUUGUUCUUCCCCAUGUAAUUGAGCUACGAAUAUAUUCUUUCAUUGCGAUAACCCUGCACCCGAGUACAGGUUGAUAUGGCAACUGUUUGUAACCAUAGCACUGUUCAUAGGAGAAACACUGACCUUUGUGACUAACUCUGACUUCCACUGGGCUGUUGAUUUCUCGACGGUAUGUUGAAAUUUGACGUAUAUUUCGAGUAAACGGCGUGCUGUCUUAGUUUGGUAACAUUAAUGUGCAUGCACCAUGCUUUUGUAGUCCUAGUUUGUUUACCACUAGCACUUUUUUACUGCAGUGCUUGUCGGUUCACUUUUUUUGGCUACACAUGUGUGAAUAUGUUGCCAAAGGUGCAUCAGCUAUAGAAGCCAAACAGAGAUUCCGUGAUAUUGCGUUGUAUGAGCCCCCAGUAGCCCGGUUGUUUCUCUUCUGGUUAGCGUUUCUCGACUUGCCUUGUGUCAAUGCAGCGCAAAUUAGCAUACAUUUUUGGUGAUAUUUUGCUAUAUGCAUUGUCAGUGAUGUGAUUUAUCCUCUGGUGAACUUUUCUUCUCUCGUGCUUGCUCAAUUUCAAACUAUCCUGUACAUGGUUAUCCCUGAAUGUCUUUUUGGUGCGCUGUGCCAUUGCGGUUUGUCUACUCGGGCCUGUGCUUUCCCAAGAGAUGAAUUAUGGUAAUGACUCUGAAUGCUGCUUGACAUGGUUGUUUUCUAGUUGAGAUUGCUUACCAUUACAGGCAGUUAACUCUCCGAGAACUUAAAAUUUCACCAUCAACUAGUCUGAACAAGCUUGCUGCAUGUUCACACAAACUACAAGGUAUAAAAUACAAGGUGUUUUUUUUUUUUUUUUUUUAAACUCUACGGGCAUUCCUUUAGACCACAUCAGUUCUAAUGCACCACAGUUCUGUUCCUCGCUUGUGUAAAUGUAAGGAAGUAGCAGCUUGGGUUGUACAUUUCAAACAGUGUAAAGACUGUGAAGUUGUUUACUUUUCAGUGCUGCUUUGUAUCGAUGAAGUGAGUGAGUUGUGAUUGCGAGCAGCUGUGACUGUCAAACUUCGGGCAGCACGUUUGAGCAUGUGCUGUUUGGAGGUCUUGCUACAAAUGAAUGAACUAGCAUUGGACUUGAACCAGCUAGUAGCAUUUCUGGGAGUUUUGCCUUGAGUGGUUCUUCUUUUUUACCAGAAGUGUGCCUCAAGGGUGUUGUGCAUUUUGCGAGUGUUUUGGUGUUAGGUGUGCCAGCUUUUGUAGCAGUAUGUUCAAAUGAAAAGAGAGAGAGAAAAAAGAGGCAAGUGGUGACCGGUUGUACCAAUUCUGGUUAGUGUGCGUCUGCUUUGUCAAUCUUUGAGCAUUAAAACAGCUGCAGUUUCCCAUACUUCUUAGCACUUAUACUCUUGAGCACAGUCAUGUGCAUACUUCUUGUGACCUGUGAGCAUCGUUACGACUACUGCACCUUCUACCGAAUGUCGCCUUGAUAAAGGGGUAUAAACACUUCUGGCUAAACCAUGAACUGGUACAUGCUCUAAUUUGGAUCAGAGGCAACAUUUUGCAGUGUAUUUUUUUAACACCAUUCAGUAGUAGUGGCUCGAUCGUCCGAAAGAAAUCAGAAUUGUAUGUCUGCACUGACAUUGACUCAAAAUGUAGAUUUUCUCUACAGUGGGUAGUGGCGCCAUCUGUCACUGUUAUGGUGAAACACAAUGCAAGUGGAAUUUCGCUGUUACAGUAUAACAAGCGACACCAUCUGUACUUUCUAACCGAAAAAAUCUGUUUUUCUUUUAACAACACCACAGAGCUGAAUUCAUAUUUAUUGUGAACGAAAUGGGCAGGUACUGAAUUUAAACGUGAUUUUAAACAAAAUAAAGUUUCACUCCUGAGUGAACUUUGAGUGAUAAGUAGCCGGCGCCUUAGCCAGAACCAUUUAUACCCGACUCCCUUACCUAAACAUAGAUUCAGAAUGUCAAGUACAAUGCAGUGGACGAAGAUGUUUGUGCAGAUGAUGAUCAUGUACCAGCUGCAUUAUAAACCCCAAUUCCGAGCUGGGCUGUAUUAAAGAAAAUCUGUGCUGUAGGUACAUUAAGUGCGACAUUUUGUACAACUUUUAUGUAUCCAGUUUGUGCGUGUCGUGGUUCAUACUGGUUGUACUCUGUGCUCGUGUAACACUUCCUGCUAGUCCUAGCAUGACAGUUCUUGUAUGUCACGUGAAUCAAGCUUGCAGUCAAUACUUGCUGAAAUUCAGGCCGUGCUUGUACUGUGGCAGUUUGGCUGCUAAUGACAAUGUCGAUUAGUUACGUGCAGUGAAAGUUUGGCUGCACUCACUUCUGCUUUGCUUCUUGCAAGCUGACUUUCAUCUGGAUCAGCUUUGUCUCCACUCGACAUUUGGGCUGCUCGAUUUUUAUGAUCAUUGUUAGUGUGUGGUGAAGUUCAGUCUUAAUCAUCCUGAAUCGUAGUAGAGCAUUAAUCAGUUCAAGCAGGUUUCUGUAGCUGUUCCCAUACAUCUUCUAUGGUUAAUUUCUUGCAUGUGUGUAGAUGAACGCUUAUUCUAUAAAUGCAUUGUUUGUUUACUGCCAUUCUUUGACCAGGUGUCAACUUUACAUACCAGCAGCCUUCACCGUCUGGCUCUUUCUUUCUUGGUUACUGCUUCCUUCGUACUACUUAUUAGUUACUUAUUUUCAGACCGUACAACUGUCUGUGGAGUUAGUGAGAUAUUGGUGCUUGGCUGGUACCUGGUGUUAUGCUGGUUUCUUGGAUCGUGCUCACUGCAGGCAUUUUUGCACUGUUGUGAAAUUUGCAUGCGAUGAAGCUCAUUAUUGCCUUCUAUAGGGUGUGGCAUUAAUAAUUUGUUUCUGUACGAUUGGCUCGUACAUUUUGGCACUUCCUCGCCUUCGGUUUUAUUUUUAUCAUAUUAGUUGCGCCGAGCAGGUGGUGACGACAUUACGGUGGCACACAAGCUUAUGCAGAAGGGGUCAAAAAGUGGUAAAAGAAAAAAAAAAAGAAUUGCAAUAUGUCAGCCCUCGUUUUGUUGUCCGUACCGCCCUCACACAACAUUGCAGUUUGCUGUAGCUGUGUGGUAGUCUCUGGGUUAGUUACACGGCAGGUUGCUUUCUCAAUCUGUAUGGCACCUUAUGCUUUUUAUAGCUGUGCUGAUAAAGCUGCGCCUUCCCAGUAAUGGCAUAUGAGUGGCGUAUUGGUCAUGUUUCAUUUUGGAAGCUGCACGGAAUUGUGCCUCGUUGCAGUGCUGUGUCCACUUUUAUCUGCUGGUACUUGUACCAGGUACCUGCUGCUGUGCUGGUGCUGGUACCCACAUGCCAGCAUUUCACUUUUGGCACCAGCUUUUAUCCCAUUUUGCAUAUUGCGGUGGGAACAUGACCUUGUUGGGCAAUUGUGCACAAAUGUGCAACUUUUGGCUACUCGGACGUUCAAAGGAUGUAUCAUUGGGAGCCUGUGCCAGCGCGACCUCCCAACAUGUAUCGAGUUCAAGAAGCAAAAAAUGUACAAUUUUGCACCGUGGCUCAAUACAAGAGAAAUGGUUGCAAGCUCAUAAAUGUGCGUGUGUGUGCACGUAUGGUGAUUAUUGUAGUCAGGCAUGACUUGAAAAUUGUUUCUCUCUCUUUUUCAAUGAUGCACACGGUCACAUCCAGAGUCUAGGUUAGAGGAACCUGGAGCCACAAUUUUGUCGUCCUUCUCUAUAACACUUACCUGCCUGAGCUGCUUGACAUUAAUGGAAACGAGUGAUAGAAAACUAGUGGUCAUAUAUCUUUCUUCUCGUGUUUACAAUGGUAUCCCAAAUCUGCGUUCAUUAGUCGAUGAACAGUAUUGCUACUGGAGAUAAAAAGGUCCAUUCAUGGUGACCAGCAGCUGCUAAAAUAAAGUUGACACAUAACUGUUGCUUUAAGAUAAGAUUCGUGCUGCUCUUCAAUGGCAUCUUUCUAUUGGUAACGGUGAGUUUCAAGAUACGUUGUGAUAGAGCUCAAGGGCCAUGGGACAAACUGGUGACUGGACAAACGGUGCGAAAUAAAAUGCAGACUUGGAGAAGAAAUGGAUGUGACAAACGCAAUCAUGUGGAUAUUUGUACAUCUUGUGCUAGUUGCAGCUUUACCUGAAAAAUAAAGAAAUGUGCUUCCCCCAUGGUGAUGCUUUUCUUGGAUGUGCAGUCGACUUGACUGAAGCUUGGUUGGUUUAAUCUGUGUGAGUACAUUGGUUGCUGCUAUCAUUUAGAGUGCGCUUUAAAUGUUCUUUGUUCACCUGUUUUGUGUUAAACUUCGCAACUCUUCAGGUUGCGAUUUUCCAGCCUUUUGCUUGUAUAUUUGCGUGUAUAAGAUGAUUGUACGUUCGGUGUUUCCCAGUGUUUUGUGUGCUGAUGAUUUUGUAGGGCUGCUCAAUGGUGAAUGUGUUCUACUGAGAAUAAACUUGUUUCUUUU